AUGGGAUGUGGCCAAUCGUCUAGGAAGCAUACUACUACUACGACCACUCGGAGGGACCCAAAAAGUGGAGUGAUUGAACUCAACGAAGGGGGGCCUAGUAACGGUGGCAAAGUGGAGGUGAGCAAAGACACGCUAGGAACGACAUACCAGCGUGCUGCUGUAGAUGGUCAGGCCUCUAGGAGCACACCGGGUAAUAGGAGACUCUCUGUUGGCAGUCGUCGAGUUAUAGACCCGAACACUAAGUGUGCUACCGGAAGAAAGAAAGACGAUGAAGUUGGUCCUGUGGACCUGUCUAGGAUAGCACCGAAGACCCCAGUGUAUGUUGAUAGUGAUGGGGAUAUCGCUCAUGGGUUUAUGACGGAGGAUCCCCACACAGGAACUAUGCAGGAUGAUGGUGAGAGAGUAGCGUUAUCGUGA